GACCGAACGUACAUAUAUCAUGGCCCAAAUAAAACCAUAUAAUUUGAGAUAGUACUUUAUACAUUAUAAAUUUAAUCAACUCGUUUGCUUUCAAGAGAAACAACUCGUCCACUGCACCAUAUUUGUAGAUGGUAUAUAUACAAUUCUCAUUCUCUGUCUGAUCACACACACCCAGACACACACAUUUGUGCUCCUCUUCCUAAAGGGUCAAGAUGGAAAAUCUUCCUUUCAUCAUUGGAUUCUUAGGUAACAUCUUUUCAGGUCUCGUGUUUCUUUCCCCAGUAGGGACAUUUAAUAGAAUAGUAAAGAAUGGAUCAACAGAGGAUUUUGAUAGCCUUCCGUACAUUUGUACAUUGCUUAACUCAUCAUUGUGGACUUACUAUGGAAUUAUUAAGCCAGGCAGCUACCUUGUCUCUACUGUCAAUGGCUUUGGAGUCAUUGUUGAGACUAUCUACAUUGCUUUGUUCCUUCAAUUUGCUCAUCCAAAAAUGAGAAAUAAGACAGCCAGCCUAGCUGGGGUUCUGAAUUUGGGGAUUUUAGGAACAAUUCUAUUAUUGGGACAGUUACUUUUACAUGGUCAAAUGAGAAUUAACGUAAUUGGUUUCCUUACCGCAGGUUUAACCAUCAUCAUGUAUAGCUCCCCUUUUGGUGUUGUGAAAACAGUGGUGACAACGAAGAGUGUAGAGUAUAUGCCAUUUUUUCUAUCGUUUUUCCUUUUCUUAAAUGGUGGCGUUUGGACUUUGUACGCCCUGCUUGUGGGUGACUGGUUUGUUGGAGUAUCAAAUGGGACGGGAUGCUUUCUGGGAGCAGUGCAGCUGAUUAUUUACGUCAUUUACCGGAACCCUAAUUCAUCAAAACAAUUAGAGGACCAAACGGAGUGCCUGCUACCACAUUCUUCCAGCUAAAACUCAAGAGUAAAAACAUAAGGUUAAUUAUUUUAUGUUGAAGCAAAGAGAUGUUGAUUGUUGAACAACUCUAUUGCUAGCUGUUACAUGAAAUGAAAAUCAUGU